AUGUCGUUGAGGUAUAUUUCAGCUCGAAUCUCCCAACAGAUUGACGAAGAGCUCAUGAGCUCAAUUGGGGCGUUCAGCAUCGAUCAGCUGAUGGAGCUAGCGGGACUGGCCUGUGCCCAGACGUUAGCUACAGUCUAUCCCAAGCGAACCUAUCCACGAGUCUUGGUCUGUUGUGGGCCUGGAAAUCAAGGUGUGGCAUGGUUUGCAAUGUUGACCACUGUAAGACUAACGGAGGUGGUUGAAGGUGGGGAUGGUCUCGUCGCUGCCAGGCAUCUAGGAAUGUUUGGAUACACCCCCACGGUUUACAUGCCCAAGCCUGGAUCCAAGGACAUCUAUCAGCGUCUUGCCAAACAAUGCCAGAACAUGGACAUUCCUAUCAUCCCGCCAUCCAAUGACGUCGAGGACCUCAAGAAGGCCCUGGCUUCUUCAGAUGUCAUUCUCGAUGCGAUAUUUGGUUUCUCCUUCAAGCCACCCAUGCGUGCUCCUUUUGAUACCGUUUUACCGCUGCUCAGCGACUCUAGGCUUCCGAUCGUCUCAGUGGACAUUCCAUCAGGAUGGGAUGUUGAAAAGGGUAAUGAGCUGGGAGUCGGUUUGAACCCCAACGUUCUUCUCAGUUUGACGGCCCCGAAGGAAGGGAGCAAAGACUUUACCGGACGUCACUUCUUGGGUGGGCGAUUUGUGCCUAAAUCUUUGGAUGCUAAAUACGGAUUGAACCUUCCUCCGUAUCCCGGCUUCGAGCAAAUCGUCGAACUAGACUCUAUUCCCAAGCCGAACACCGACAUCUGA